UUUUUUUAUAAUUUUACUGUUUCAGGACCCUUCCUUUUCGAAGGGCUGACCAAUCUACAUAACUUGUUGGCCGGAGAUAAAAAACUCCGCCUCAAUAAAGACGGACUGACCCUUGAAAACGAAAAUACCAUAACUCAUUACGACAAAUCGGAAUCAUCGAACGAGGAGUCUAAUUACAACGACUACAAAGAUGACAACAAUAAAUAUGAAGCCGGUUCCGAAAGAAAGUCCUAUGAAAAGGACGAAUCGGCUUACAAAGAGAAGACGUCAGACAAGCUAAACCUUGGUCUCCAGGGACUGUCGAUGUCUCAGUCUAAAUCCAUCUCAGCUGAGAGGUCAAGCAUCGAUGCCGAGUCUAACAAGAGCUACACUGAAGAAGAAAAUGAGGACGGCUCGAAACGCACCGACUCCGAAGCUAAUAAAUACAAGGAAUCCACGAGCACCUACACCGAGGAAUCUACGAAGGAGUUCGGACUUGGCCUCGGAGGUAUAAAGAACAAACAAACGAGCGACAAAACCUACAAGGAGGAUGAAGUACAAUAUGAUUCUGGAAAGAGCAAGACAGUCGAAAAAAAAAACAUCGAUGACGUUGCUCACGAGAAGGUCUCAAAGUCUGCAUACGACAACUCCGACAGUAGCUCCAAGUACGCCAGGGAGGUUUCUGAAGAAUCCAAAAACUACAACGCGGAUGAAGCUCAAGCUCUUCUGAGAGGCGAAUCUGCAGAAGGCGAAAGCACGAAGAAACACGACAUCUACCUGAAUGAAGACAGCAAAUCCAAGCACAAAACUACAGAAUCAGUGACAGAAACCAAAGAAAAAAUAUCUAGACCAAAAAGAUCAUUAUCCGCAAUCAGAUCGAAGGUUGUUUCUUCAAGCUCAUCAUCAUCAUCAUCAUCAUCUUCUUCUUCCUCUAGUUCUUACAGCUCUGCUUCUAAUGAUGGCGAUGUCGUUGUUUCGAAAACUUCCGAAAACGAGUCAGAAGAAGCAAGCGCCAAUAACGACAGCUAUUAUUCAAGCCAAUACGAUUCUGAUGGUAAAUUUGUCGAGGAAAAGUCUGAAUCAAGUGAUGCUAGCAAGUCUGCUGACGCCAGCGCAUCUUCCGAAUUCCUUGAGAUUGAUAAUUCCAAUGGACAGGGAAGCGUAGUUCACGAAAAGUCUGAUGAAAGCGCGUCUAGCAAGUCUUCUGACGCCAGCGCAUCUUCCGAAUUCCUUGAGAUUGAUAACACCCACGGACAGGGAAGCGUAGUUCACGAAAAGUCUGACGAAAAUGCAUCUAGCCAGUCUUCUGACUCCAGCGCAUCUUCUGAAUUCUUUGAAAUUGAUAACUCCCACGGACAGGGAAGCGUAGUUCACGAAAAGUCUGACGAAAGUGCAUCUAGCCAGUCAUCUGACUCUAGCGCAUCCUCAGAAUUCUAUGCGCGUGAUAAUUCUCAAGGCAAUGAUAACGUUGUUCAUGAAAAGUCGGAAGAAAACGCGUCUAACCAAUCUUCUGAAUCCAACGAGUCUUCUGAAUCAUAUGUAAGCGACAAUUACCUUGAACAUGAAAAUGUUGAAGCCAAGGAAUCAGCUGAACACAAUUCUGCCGAUUACGAUCACAGCUCAGAUAGUGUAAACCAUCAAUCCAGCUCUAACCACGAAUCUGCUGCUCACGAACAGAGCUCAGAGAUUGUGAACGAAGCAUCCAGCUCUAACCACGAAUCUGCUGCUCACGAACAGACCUCAGAGAUUGUGAACGAAGCAUCCAGCUCUAACCACGAAUCUGCUGCUCACAAACAGAGCUCAGAGAUUAGCUCAGAGAUUGUGAACGAAGCAUCCAGCUCGAGUUACAAAUCUGCUGCUCACGAACAGAACUCAGAAAUUGUGAACGAAGCAUCCAGCUCCAAUCACGAAUCUGCUUCUCACGAACAGAGCUCAGAGAUUGUGAACGAAGCAUCCAGCUCCAAUCACGAAUCUGCUUCUCACGAACAGAACUCAGAGAUUAGCUCAGAGAUUGUGAACGAAGCAUCCAGCUCGAGUUACAAAUCUGCUGCUCACGAACAGAACUCAGAAAUUGUGAACGAAGCAUCCAGCUCCAAUCACGAAUCUGCUUCUCACGAACAGAGCUCAGAGAUUGUGAACGAAGCAUCCAGCUCCAAUCACGAAUCUGCUUCUCACGAACAGAACUCAGAGAUUCAUCCAACUCGAAUUACGAAUCUGCUGCUCACGAACAGAGCUCAGAGAUUGCUGAACGAAGCAUCCAGCUCUAACCACGAAUCUGCUUCUCACGAACAGAGCUCAGAGAUUGUGAACGAAGCAUCCAGCUCUAACCACGAAUCUGCUUCUCACGAACAGAGCUCAGAGAUUGUGAACGAAGCAUCCAGCUCUAACCACGAAUCUGCUGCUUACGAACAGAGCUCAGAGAUUGUGAACGAAGCAUCCAGCUCUAACCACGAAUCUGCUGCUCACGAACAGAGCUCAGAGAUUGUGAACGAAGCAUCCAGCUCUAACCAUGAAUCUGCUUCUCACGAAGAAAAUUCUGCUUCUCAUAGUGAAGAGAACAUUGAAUCACGAGAAACUCAUAACAAAGAUAGUUCCAACCUCAAAGAAUGCUCUGGUAGGAAUAAACAAAGUGAAAUCAACAAAGAUAGCAUCAACUCGUACUCUAAAAGUAAUGAGGACAAAUCCUCUAGCAAUUCUCAAGAAUCUAGCUCCAACGAAGAAAUUACCGAAGAUGUAAUCACCAAAAAAUCCCAUAAGUCUGAAAACAACGAAUAUUCCCACUCCCAAAACGACGAGAGUAAUUACGAAGAAGUAAAAGACAACACAAUCAAGGCAGGUGUUGAAGCGUCAGAGAGCUCUUUCUCCUCAAACCAAAACUCUGAACAAAACAGCCAUUCCCAAGAGUCUGAAGCUAAUAAACAGGUAACAGAAGAGUCGCGUAACACAGCUCAAUACGAGAGCAAGGAUGCUGGCGUUAAAAAAGAUGUGAGCGCUGACGAAGCAACUUAUGUCAACGAGGAAUCGUCAAACUCUAACGAGCAUUCAUCAAGCGAGAACAGUGAGAAUUAUAAUCACGUCGACAAGUCCGCAGACGGCUAUGUGAGUAAAAAACACGCAAGCAGCGACCAACAAGAGUCUAAAAAAGACUCCGAGAACAACAAAUAUGUAGAAGAAACAUCAAACAGUUUUACCGCUGAAGAAAAUUCAUACGAUAGUUCCAACUCGGCGAGCAAGAAUUCGGAGUCGAAUGAGAAUAUUGUCAAGAAAGGAGAUGCAUCUUACAUUGAUCAAGACUCUAGCAAUCAUGAGGAGUCGUCUGCUUCAGAAUCAGCUUUUGCCAGUGAAGAAAAACGUAGAGAAGAUGGUUCCUACUACAGCAGCGAAGAAUCAGCGAAUAGCGACAAAACUGCAGCAAGUGGUUCAGAGUCCACCAAGAAAGUUGUUGAGGAUGAUGGCUACUUGCAUAAAGACGAGGCGUCUAGUGCAUUCGACGAAUCAUCCAGCGAAGACUCCAACCACAGCGACGUUGUCUCAGUUUCAAGCGACGGCUCGUUAAUCAGCAACCAAGAGUCAAGCCAAAGUUCUGCGGCGUCCAGCAGCUCGUCUGAAGACCUGAGUCACGUGGAAAUUACCGAAAAUUCACGCGAAGAGCGUCAACAUUCAAGCGACAGCGACGAAUCCGCAAACAGCGCCGCAGAAAGGAGCAGUUACCACGCCAAGAGCGAAGGUGCUGAAAUCGUCCAGGAACACGAAAGCGAUUCCGAUAAUUACGAACGUAGCGAAUCAGAGGCCGACAGCUAUUCACGUGUUAACGAAGACGGCUCCACUUUGGACAAAGAGUCUAAGUCGGAUAGCCAACGGGUUGUAAACAGUGGCUCUGAGAAGUCUAGCUACAUCGCGUCCAACGAAGACGGUACCUACAGGAACGAGCAAAAGGCCAAAGAGCACUUCGAUUCUUUGGACAGCUCAUCAACUAGUAACAGCCAUGUUGAGACAAGAGCCGACGGAUCAUAUCUCAACAGCAAGCAUUCUCGGGAUAGCGACAACCUCGAAUCCAACGCUUCGGACAAAAGUAGCUCCGUCAUAAUCGAUCACGAUAAAACAGUCGCUGAAGAUAGCUCAAGCAGUUCCCAACAAUCAGAAUCUAAAGUCUCGGAAUCAGGCUUCCAUUUGACAAAGGACGCUGACGGUUCAAUCACAGAGAGCGAAUCUUCCACAGACAAUGUCCAUUCAGCUAAACAAGAUUCUAAAAGCUACAAUUACGACCAACAGAAUGCUGAUGGUUCUUACUUGAUUGAUCAAAAUGCUAGCGAGCAUUCCGACACGUCGAACAGUAAUAACUAUGACGGUAGCUUCUACAACAUAAACCCUGACGGAUCAUACGUAGACAGUAUAGAGUCCAGAAAGAGCGAGGAUUCCCACCUCCUUGACGCCAGCAGUAACACCCACGAAUCAGUAGGUAAAGAUGGCUCAUACCUCCACGAUCACAGCGAUAGUUAUUCCGAAGAAAAUUCAGACAGCGGAAGCAAUUCAAAUGACUUCUUGUCGAAAGACAAGGACGGUACUUUAGUAGCCCACGAAAUUCAAUCUAAAUACGAAAAUUCCAAUCACAAUGAGGCCGAUAACAGUAAAUUCGUGUCUGACGAUGGUCAUGGCAACUACGUGAGAGAUGAAUCCUCCAGCCAGAAUUCUGGAUUCUCCUCAUCAAGUUCUGGAAAGAAUGAUUAUAAAAGCGUAGACGUUAACGGUAACUUUGUUGGUAAUGAGCAAUUGUAUGACAGAGACCGUUCUGGAAGCUCCUCCUCCAGUUCCAAUCUAUACGAAGAGACCAACGACGAUGGAUCUGCUGUUAAAGAGUACAACACGCACGAAAAGGAAGCAUCUAACUCACGCGACACUACGUCUUCCGAAAAUGUUAUAGACAGCGUAGUCGGAUACAUCAAGAAACAAGAAUUCAGAGACAGCGCUGCAUCGCAUGACAAGGAAAGCGAAUAUAACUCCCAUGAAUCCGUCGACAGUGAAGGAAACACUGUUACAAGCGAACAUAAGGCUGACAGGGAAGAGUCUUCUAGCUCCAACGUUGAAAAAGAUAGGUAUGUGAUAUCAAACGAACAUGGCACCUUGUUCGGCGACCAGUCCAGCGACAGCCAGCAAUCUGCGAGCAGCGACUCUAAUAAUGAUUACUUCGUAGCUGUUGGUGAAGAUGGGUCUAAAGUUGAGGCCCAUAGCGAAAGUUCGAACAAGGAGUCGUCUCAGCAGUCUUCAAGCAGCGAAGUAGUUGUUAGCGACGACGGAGAUUCAAGUUACGGAGAUGAUAAGAGUUACAGUUCAAGAUCUUCGAAAUCUAGCUCAUCUUCUUCAUCGUCCUCGUCUUCCUUCUCCAGAUCCAGUUCUUCAUCAAGUUCGAGGUCAAGUUCUUCAGGAUUUAAAUCACAUUCCUUUGGAUCUAGAGGUUCCUCCUUGCUGUCCAGACUUAGAAACAGAUUCGGUUAAAUUAUUACCGAUUGUUUUUUAUUUUUUUUUCCUUAGUGUUGAAGGGUAAUGUGUUUUUAUGUAUUUUGGGCGUAAAUAAAUUUAUUGCAUCAUAA